AUGGCAGAGGAUAAUCCCCUUCCUAUCAGAACUGUUACUUUCCACUACCUCAAAUCAAUGUUGACGACUCGCGCUGCAACUUACGCCUGCAAAGAGGUGACGCCAGAAUGUCCAGUGGAAGGAACGAUCUACGGAUAUGCCCCAAAUUAUUCCACAACCGUCGAAUUCUGUGUCAUAUUCUUCAUUUGCUGUCUGGUCCAGCUAGCCCAGAUGAUUAGAUGGCGUCUAUGGUCGUUCAGCAUUUCUGUCAUUCUCGGGGCGUUAACCGAAGUGAUUGGUCGUAUACUCCUCAACCAGAACCCGUACUCAUCAAUCGGAUUCCAAAUGCAGAUUUGCACGCUGACGCUCGCACCCGCUUUCUGGUCUGCUGCUAUAUACCUGACACUGAAGCAUAAAGUGACUGUAUUGGGAUCGCAAUAUUCGCUUAUACGGGCGAAAUGGUAUCCCUAUAUAUUUGUCACCUGUGAUAUCAUCUCUCUGGUUCUUCAAGGUGCUGGCGGUGGCAUUUCAGCUACAGCCAAGACAGCUAGCAAGAUCGACAUGGGCAGCGAUAUCAUGAUGGCUGGGAUUGUCUGGCAGGUGAUCACUCUGACGGUCUUUGGAUUGGGGUCAGCCCACUUCCUUUUGCGCAUCAAAGGUGCCCCGAAAGAGGAGUUGACUUUUGAGGCUCAGAGGGUUUGGAAAAGUCAGAAGUUUUGGUCGUUCUUCUGGGGCAUUGCUAUUGCAUUUGCUACUACUUAUAUCCGUUGUGUCUACCGUGUUGUAGAGAUGGCCGGUGGGUGGAAGAACGACAUCAUGCAGGACGAGUUUAGCUUCACUCUUUUUGAAUCUGCCAUGUGCGUUGCGGCUGUUGUUGCACUGUGCAUUGCUCAUCCUGGGUAUCUUUUCAAAGAGAUGCGCAGAGGGCUCAAUGAGGACGGAUCUGUGCUAGACCUCAAGGACCUAGAGCAUAGAGAGAAAGAAUUCUUUUGA